CCCCACUAUAAGCAAAACCGUUCGUAUAGGUUAUAAAGGACCGAGCUCCGUACUAUACGACUGCACUCUCUCAGUGAAACUCUUGGAGGAUCGUUCCACGGCUACCCUGUACCCUCCUUCUCUCCCAACCGUGCGCCAUGAGGAUUAUAUCUUUGGUAAUCCCAUUAUGCCUGUUACUGAUAACAGAAGCGAAACGAGCGGAUCUCCGGCCUCGUAUCGCGGAACCGCAAGUUUAUUACGAAGAGGACGACAGCCAGGCAGCCGAGGACGAUUACAGCCCAGCGGUCUAUCAACCGCGUACACGUGCCCUUCCUUCGCCACGUUCGAAGGACGCUCUGCACUCAUCGAAGCCGCCGCCAGUCCAGACUAUUCGCAAUUACAACAAGGUGAACGACGACGGAUCUUUCACUUUCGGCUACGAGGCGGCGGACGGCUCGUUCAAGGAGGAAACUCGUGGAACCGAUUGCGUGGUGCGCGGUAAAUACGGCUACAUCGAUCCCGACGGCAAUAAAAGGGAGUUCACGUACGUGUCCGGUAAUCCGUGCGACCCGAAUGCGCCCAAGGAAGACGAGGACGACCUGGCCGACAAGCAGGAGGAGGACGACAUCUCCGGCCCGGCCAAUUAUCCUUCCGUGAGGCCGAUACCGGUGAGACCGGCGGCCAGACCGGCUUAUCAACAACCCACCACGCCCAGGCCACCCACCACCAUAUUCCAAACGCAAUACCAGUUGGACGACGACGCCAGUCAAGAGUUGGGCGACGAGGACUUCGUGAAACCGUCCCAAUUGAGAGGGAGCGGUUACAGAACGGCCCAACAACCAGCCUACGUCCCGGUCACGCCGUCCACGGCUCUCUACGAGCCAUCGCCCACCGCCAACCCUGCCCUCUACAGACUAGCCUCCUCCACCACGCAAUACCAGAGCACAGCCUCGCCCGUUCUUCGUGGCCAACCCAGCAUCUCCUCCACCGCCUAUCAAACCCUCGAGACGACGACCCGCCGCCCUGCGACCCGCCACCCGAAGCCGCAAUCGGUCGCAAUCACCCCUCGACCCCACGUUGCACAAGUCGCCGCCCAGUACGUGUCCCCGAGUAGCACCGAGCGUCCAGCGUUAUCGUACACCCGACCCUCGUCGCCGGUCACCGUUACGCCCAAUCUACGCACCACCACCGCAUCCACCACGUCUCACCUCGACUUUGCCGCCGAGCUCGAGCGUUACGUGAACACAGUCGGCGUAUCGAGCCCCAAGCCCGUGCAACCGUCCAAAGUAAAAUUAGCCGGGCAACCGGCGAUCGCAGCGUCCAUCCCGGCCGCAGACCCCAUCUACCAGUCGGAGCUCGUGUACGAUCCCGCUACCGGUCAGUACAAUACCCAACUAUAUCAAUCGCUACCCCAAACCGUGGGCGACUUCACCCUAAGUCACAAACUCCAACCGUUCGUAGCCCAGCCCCAGUCCUAUCUCGGCCUCCAGCAGUUGCAGCAGAUCCAGCCCCAACAGCCCCAACGUCAGUCCCCGCUUUAUAAGCAACCGGCCGCGCCCCAGCCAUCAGCCACCGUCAACCAACCCCAGGAAGUGCUGUACAGGAAGCAACAGGCCCAACUGUUGCAACAGUCGCAACAGCUCUACGCCCAACAGCAGAGACGGCAGCAACAACAGCAACAACAAUCGACACCGUCGCACAGGCUUCAACUGCUCGAGUCCCAGACGCAACCGCAGUCCUUUUACUACGUAGCGCCUGCGAGGUCCUCCAACUCGGCCAGCGCGCCACUUUCCGUAGGUCAGAUAGAUCACUAUCUUCGAGCCACAGCCGGUCGUUAUUGAUAUUUUGAUUAGCUUACGAGUCUUCUUUUUUUUUUAUUUCUUUCGAAUUUAUAUAUAUAUAUAGGGUAUCUUUUUGAAAUUUUUUUUUGUACUAUCCGAUUACCGGUUUCGGACCAUCCGAACGCGGCACUUUAACAACGAGAUGGUGCUGUCAGUGGGCCUGGCGCGUACGUAUCCGGGAUUAAUAAUUGAUCGCGCUGAAUUCGUUUCGUUCAAGGUUAUUGGAGGAAUUAUUAAUUGGAUUUGAUCUUUAGAUAGAGUAGGAUAUUCUAUUUGGAUACGUGUUACGAGUUGAAUCGUGUUAUCUUUUUCUUUUUAUUUUAACCUCGAUGUUUUGCCAACUUAACUUUUUUCCCUACUAUACGCUUUCUUAACGAACGAUAUUUAACGCAAUUGUAAUUAACAAGAGUAUUUACUUUUAUCAAGCAAGCAGUAUGAUGCGAAUCUAACGAAAUUCGAUAUAUUUAUUUAUUUAUUUUUAACAUCGUGCGUGUUUUUAUUUUAAAAUAAUGCUUCUCGCAUCAACGACAUCAACGUUCCAUGGACAUUUGCAUAAAUACGACGAUUACGAUUUUGAUCAAAGUAGAUUCGAUGCUAACACUGUGAUAGAGCUCACUUUCGAAAUCGUUAUUUAAACUUUCUAAAACUUUAUAAAAUUUCAUACAAAUGUAACAAUUUCACUUGUAUACGAAUCUAAAACGAUAAAAACACGAUUUUCCAAUUCUGAUUUCUCAAAACUAGUUCAUUUCGUAAUGAAAUUCAAAGAACUCGAAGAGACGACGAUUAAAAUUAAUAAUGACAUCGUUGAUAAUGUUAUCUAACGUGUUAUCCAAUUAAUGAACCAAUUUUCAGCUUCGAAAUUACAUUCUUUUUCUUUUUUUUUUUUUUCUUUUCGUGGACGUUUCGAGAACGACUAUCAUUAGAGAGUGAAAGUCAAUGACCUGACGCAAUAUAUACUCACGCACACGAAACGCAUUAUCAUAGUAAUUUCGCGUCUAUUCAUACUGUAACAUUGCAGAUUCCGAACGCCAUGACCGGAAUUAUUCAUCGUGUGCUCACGAUCGUUUCGAAUAGAAUCCCGACCUACGUGCUCGUUCGAUUACAAAAUGCGAAUCCGUAGGAUUGAACCGGAUAAAUAUUUACCGUUGAAUAAACGGCGCAACGUUUAAUCACACCGACACACAGCGUUUCCCAGGGAAAUGAUUCAUAGGAAAUACGUAAGAAAUUGACGAGGGAAUUAAUUACAAAAUCGACCGAUCACUUGAACGAUUUAUGACCUAUUUAUCCGAACUGACUAUCAGAAAAUGAUAAAUCGAUGAUUUUUUAACAGAUUGAAAAAAUUAAAUCUUAAUCGAACACUACUCUCAAUUAAAUACACAGAAUUCUAAUAUACAUGCAAUGAAUUCAUUUUCACAAUUAAAGCCAGUAAUAUUAAGUAGAAGAACUGUGUAAGUGGAUAAACUGGUUCAUAACCAGAUCCAUGUAUAACAGAAAUCAACUUGACUCUUUUUUUAUCGAACAGAAGUUCGCGUAAUUUCUAGCUUCCAAAUAAAAUAUCUUAGGAAACACCUAAAUUAACAUUAUAUCACUUAAACUUGCCCAAACACCAAACACUUGAAACGCUACAUAACAGAGAUUGCAGAGACGCGUACAGAUUAUCCACGCAACUCGAUAUUACGUAGAAGAAAGAACCAGAACCGCUUCAUCCGCGUUUCUACGAUAAAUAAAAUUCCGAAUUCAUCGACUUUCACCCUGUCCAUCAUACAAUAUUUCCGCCAGUAAAGUCGCACCGACUCCGCACGAUUCGAAACCUCGUCACAAGACCAAUGGUCGAUCAAUUUAAACCAACCGGGUUCAAGAUCGGCAACGUUUGGUUUAAAAUUUUGUUUCGAUCGGGAGAUUAAAUUCCACGAGGAUAAAUGUAGCAUUACUUUCAUCGGCGUGCUCCCAAGAACACAUUCUACGCUCGCGAACAGGGCAAACAAAACUUUCUAUUUUGCAUUCCCUGUCGCAAGUGUGAGAAUCGAUUCGAAUCUAAAUCCUACGACUCGAUUCCGUGGAAAGCUAUGCGAUCACGUAUCACGUGGAAACACGUGGAUCGAGAGGCGUGGAUCGAUAUGAAUCACGUGAAAAUAUUUCACACGCAUCGAAACGACUCGUUCCGUAUCCGUAUAUAUAUAUAUGUGUGUACCAUUAAGAUUGUCGCGAGAUUUUCGAAGAGAUAUUUUCCCCGAUACGCGACGCCAGGCCGAUCGUCAACUUCGUUAUAUAUUUAUCGUGUAUCUAUUUAUUAGUUGUAAGCUCUUUUGAAACGAAGAGUGAGUAAAAACGUUUAAUCGAGAACGUUAGGAUACAAGGGAUGGGCGUCUCGAGAAAAUGAACGCGGAUCUAGCGCAAUUAUGUAACAUUGUACGGUAAAAUUCUGUUUAUGCGAAAUUAUUGGAAGAUCAGGGGUUUUAGGGUUAUCUUAUUAAUAAGUUAAAAUUUUGUAAUUCUACGCAAAGUUUGAUGGGUUUUUUUUUUCGAUAUUUGAACAGAAAAAAAGAAAUCGAUGGAUUAAUAUUUGUUCGUUGGAUUCUUGGUUAAACAUUCUGGAUUGUUUAAAUAAGAAUAUAAAGCUCAAGUAAGUUGUAAUUAAAUUUUCUUUGUUUCAUAUAAACAAAGUUUUGCUGUACUUGUAAUCUUUUCUUGUCGACGGUAUCAAGCGUCGACAUGCACUUGUCUACUCAUAUUGUAAAUACUUUAUCUCGUUAGAAUUAAUAUAUCUAGCGGCUACCUAGUGAUUUAUACGUUUCAAUACUAUGUCGAUAAGGAACACGUCUCUCUUAUACGUUUAUAGUUGUUUUUUUUUUAUAUAUUAUAUAUAUAUAUUAUUUGUAAACGUGAUCAAAGAAAAAUGUAUUUUAAUGAAAAAGAAAAAAAAACUUGUGUCCUA